AUGCUUAGAACAGCAAACCUGCGUGAGUGUAACCUCACAGAGAAAAGCUGUGCCACACUAGCAUCAGCUCUCAGUUCAAACUCCUCAAAUCUGAGAGAACUGGACCUGGGUAACAAUAAUCUGCAGGAUUCAGGAGUGAAGCUGCUCUGUGCUGGACUGAAGCACCAAAACUGUAAACUGGAGAUACUAGGGCUGUAUAAAUGCUUUAUUAGGGAGGAAGGCUGUGCUGCUUUGGCUUCAGCUCUGAAAUCAAACCCCUGUCACCUCAGAGAGCUGAAUCUGAACUGCAGUAAACCAGGAGAGUCAGGAGUGGAGCUGCUCUCUGCUCUACUGGAGGAUCCACACAAUAAACUGGAGAAGCUAGACAUCUGAAUACGACCUGCACUUAAC